GUUGUACAAAUCAAACAAACAAACCUUUGUGACUUGUGCAACCUCUCGAAUAGAAACAACGUUCUAAAUCAUAUGAUUCGACCAAAACCAUAACCGCAAGGCAUAAUACAAAUUUUUUCACUACUUUUUUAAUAUAAAGGAGCAAGUCGGUGGUGUAGGAUUGACGUCCGGACCCGUUCAUAUGGAAACAUAUAUAUCAGGUCAUUUCUACUCAAGAUAUCUCAGUGAUUGCUGACCUACAGUUCCACUAGUUCGUGCGAACUAGGGAGCUUUGCUUGCACCAACCUGAACCAACCAUAAAAUGAUCAUCCUGGUGUGCUUCAAACGGCCUGUAGCAGCCUCAUGCUGUUUUUACUAAUCCAGUGUGUUGUGGGCCUUAGUCUCUCAUGCAGUCCGUCAGCUAUGACAACUAAAUAGAUAGCCCUGGCAUGUCACUAACAUAACCAGUACUUGUGGAAAGAUGUUUUCUGCUUUGAAGAAGUUGGCAGGGCCAAAAAUUGAAAGUGCCCCUCCUCUUAAUAAUGCCAACAGCCACCAGACAAUGUCACAGAAUCUUCAAAGGAAAUUUGCCAAAGGAGUUCAUUAUAAUAUGAAAAUUAUUAUAAAGGGUGACAGGAGUACAGGAAAGACUUGUUUGUUUCAUCGGCUUCAAGGGAAAAAAUUUCUUGAAGAAUAUAUACCCACAGAAGAAAUUCAAGUAGCGAGCAUACAAUGGAAUUAUAAAACAACAGAUGAUGUUGUGAAAGUGGAGGUGUGGGAUAUUGUCGAUAAAGGAAAGAAACGGACUAAUCAAAAAAUCGAAGGUCUCAAACUUAAAGAAUGUGACACACCAGCCUUGGAUGCAGAAUUCAUUGACGUCUACAAGGGGACACAUGGCGUCAUCUUAGUUUUGGAUAUAACAAAAGUUUGGACUUUCAAUUAUGUGCAAAAGGAAAUAGUCAAAAUUCCCACGGACAUCCCUGUAUUGAUAUUAGGAAAUCAUUGUGAUAUGUCUCAUCAUAGAACCCUUAACCCGGAGGAUGUACCAUAUUUCAUAGAAACAUUGCACAGGCCAAAAGGAGCUGCUCAAAUAAGGUAUACAGAAGCGUCAAUGUCGAAUGGUUUUGGUUUAAAAUAUAUCCACAAAUUCUUCUGUUUGCCAUUUCUUCAAUUGCAAAAAGAAACUCUAUUGUGCCAGUUAGAAAUUAAUUCACGGGAAUUGAAUCUCACUGUAGAAGAACUUGAUAUAUACCAGCAUGGGCCUGAUGCUGAUUAUAAUUUGUUCUUAGAAAGUCUUAGCAAAAGGAGAAGGCAAGCAGCAGAUUCUUCUGGAGUGAAUUUAAGCCAGAGCUGUGCUAACUUAAACACAACUCUUGCACAUGUUCCUUCGAUCAUUCUUGGUCAAGGUAUGCCGAUUGAUAGAUCAACUUCCAUGCACGAAAUGAAAUCCAAUAGUCAGACUUACAACAAACCAAGUACGAGAUCACCCGACCACACAUUGAAUGUGGUAUCUCAAGUUGUAACAAGUGUUGAAGAGUUCAUUCCAGAUGGUGGAUUAUUGGACAAGUCAUUUCUCGAAGAGAUUCCAACACAACGAUCUCCCAAGGUGCAGGAGCCAGUAUUUGACACUGAUAGUGAUGGCGAUGUUGGUGAAAAUCCGUUAGUCGCUGGUUAUCAGGAUGAUGUGGAUCCUGAUGACAAUCCCACUUCUAAUUCUUUGUAUAAACAAACCUCUGAAAAUAAGGUGGAUGGAUCUGAAAAAGUUAACGCCUGGCUUGGUAGAAUUAAUAUAUCAGGAGGUCGUGAGAGCCCUGAAGGAGGUGAAGACAGUGCAUGUGCUGAUUCUUCUUUUGCAGUAAAGUUAAAGGCAGAGGGAAAAAAGAAAAGUAAGAAGAAGGGCAACAAGUACAAAGAUGAAAAUUCUAAAGCAGAAAAAAAGAAGAAAAGAAAAAAGUCGUCUCAGGAAAAUGCUAAUGAUCUAGAACUCUUCCUCUCUUCACGAGAUGCAUCCUAUGAAGCCAUUUAAAAACCAAUUAAGUAGUUUAUUAUUUUAUCUAUUAAAAUUGUGUAGAGAAAUUAACUUUUUUAAUCUACUUUUAGUGCCAUCAAGAGGGAAAUUAAAUUUAUUUUAUAUUGCGAACGAACUGAAAUUGUUUAAAAAAAUUUGAAGCAAACAGAAUAAUUAAACCUUUCAAUGAAGCCACA